AUGAACGGCGACGCCUGGCCGCGAGGUAUCCUAAUUUCUCUCGCAACGUCCACUAACCUGCAAAGCGGACGCCACUCGUCUUCGCGCUCCCACCAGUCCGGCCGCGGUGACCGAGACGACCGUCGAGGAGACCGUCGCGGCGGAGAUCGCGACAGCCGUCGUCGCUCCCGGUCCCCCCACCGAAGCUCUCGGCGCGAAUACGAAGUAGACUCGUACUCCUCCAGCCGCGACUAUAGAGAGCGAGAGCGCGAGGACAGGUACGCCGGCAGAGACAGGCGCGAGGACCGCCCCGAGCGUCCUGAACGCCCCGAGCGUGCCUGGGACCGCGACCGUACCUCGUCGCGCCGAGACCCCCGUAGAGACGACGACGAGCCGCGGGCCCGACGACCCGACCCGUUCGAUGACAGAGGCGACCGAGGGCGGGGUGGACGACGUGACCGCGGUGACCGCGACGGCGGCUUUGGAGGACGCGACAGGAAGAAGAGCGCAUCGCCGCCCCCGAAGAAGAGAGAGCCAACACCCGAUCUGACCAACGUCACCAAUGUCCUCCUGCGCAAGCGCCGCCUCACCCAGUGGGACAUUAAGCCAAGCGGCUACGACAAUGUCACCGCCGAGCAGGCCAAGCUCUCGGGCAUGUUCCCUCUCCCCGGCGCUCCUCGCACGCAGCCCAUGGACCCGAGUCGUCUCCAGGCCUUCAUGAACCAGCCCGCCGGCUCUGCGACUGCAUCCGCGCUCAAGCCGUCCAACGCUCGCCAGGCCAAGCGAUUGAUCGUGAAGAACCUGCCCGCCUCGGCCACCAACCAGUCGCUCGUCGAUUUCCUCAAUCUCCAGCUUAACAACUUGAAUGUUGUGUCCGGCCCGGACCCUUGCCUUUCCUCCCACAUCUCCAACGACCGAGUCUUCUCUCUCGUCGAGUUCAAGACUGCCGAGGAUGCCACUUUCGCGCUGGCAAUGGACGGAAUCACAAUGGAGGACAACGACAUGGAGACAUCAAACGGCAUGCAUAAUGGAGACCAGAGCGGCUUGAAGAUCCGGAGGCCGAAGGACUACAUUGUCCCUGCAGUUGACAAUGAGGAAGAGCCGGUGCCAGGUGUGAUCUCAAACGUCGUCAAAGACUCGGGCGACAAGAUCAGCAUCUCUCAUAUUCCCACCUAUCUGGAGGAUACCCAAGUCUCGGAGCUUCUAGUCGCUUUUGGAGAGGUCAAAUCUUUCAUUUUGGCCAAGGAUAUUCAUACUGAUCAGUCUAGGGGCAUCGCUUUCUGCGAAUACGUUGAUCCACUGGUUGCUGAGAUUGCUCUCGAGGGUCUCAACGGCAUGGAGCUUGGCGAUGACCAUCUGAAGGUCCAACGCGCUUGCGUCGGCGUGAAACAGGUUGCUGGGAUGGAGAUGGGUGUUAAUGCGAUGUCAGUCCUCGCAGCGACCACUUCGACCGACUCGGAGAAAGGCCGUGUUCUCCAGUUGCUCAACAUGGUCACCGCCGAGGAGCUCAUGGAUGACCAAGACUACCAAGAAAUUGUGGAAGACGUCCGUGAAGAAUGUGAAAAGUAUGGUCCGAUCAUCGGCUUCAAGAUCCCCCGCCCGAGCGGUCCCCGUACCAACCCCGGCGUUGGCAAAAUCUACGUCAAGUAUGCAGAGAACGAAUAUGCCCAGAAGGCACUCAAUGCUCUUGCCGGCCGCAAGUUCGCCGAUCGUACCGUUGUCGUUACUUACUUCGGAGAAGAGUACUUCGACGUUGAUGCUUGGUAA